AAUGAUGAUAAAUCGCGGUAAAUUUGUUAUUCUACGUAUCAAGGUAAAAAUUCUUUAUUUCUUGAUAAUCAAAGUCCAGCUGAUUAGUUUAGUAGACUUAUUUAUUGUGAACGCACGCCAAAAUAAGUUUAAAGCAUAACAAUGAGCAGCGUGAACCCUGAUCUGGUCAAGGAGAGACAGAAAUGUACCUUUGACGUACAGGAACUGGUGCAUUUCAUUGACAGAGGAGAGGAACACACCUUGGAGAGGAAAGAGUUGGAGGAUUUGGUGCUUAGUGUCAAAGAGUUGAAGGAUGAAACUCCCGAAGAAUAUUUAAGUCACAAAGAACGCUACGAGAACGCAAUCCGAAAGGCCAGUUUAUUGUUUAAAAUUCUCCAGAAAUAUUUCGAGACGCACAACUUAUUGGACAUAUUCAGUCCAACAAACAAGUACCGGGUGCAGUUCGGAGUCCUCAAGGAUGUGUCACCGUUUUUGGUUCACAUGGGCAUGUUCCUGCCGACGCUCUUGCAUCAAACCACUCCCGAACAAGCAGCCGAGUGGGUCCCUAAAGCGCAGAGCAUGCAGAUGAUCGGCACUUAUGCACAGACGGAGCUGGGUCACGGCACCUUCCUGAGAGGCUUGGAGACGACAGCAACUUACGACGCGAAAGCCGAAGAGUUUAUACUGAACACUCCAACGCUGACUUCAUUCAAAUGGUGGCCCGGUGGAUUGGCCCACACCGCCAACCACUGCGUUGUGGUAGCCCAACUAUACACAAAAGGAAAGUGCUAUGGUGUUCAUCCGUUCCUCGUGCAAAUUCGGGACUUGGAAACGCACAUGCCGAUGCCUGGUAUCAAAAUUGGCGAAAUUGGAUCGAAGCUUGGUUACAACACGGUCAACAAUGGUUUCCUUGGCUUCAACAAAGUUAGAAUACCGAGGACUAAUCUUCUGAUGAAGAAUGCUCAAGUUCUGAAGGACGGGACUUAUGUAAAAGCGAAAAGCGAGAAGUUGACUUAUGGCACGAUGGUAUUGAUACGCGUUCUGAUUGUCACUGAUAUGGCGUACGAAUUGGCCCGAGCGUCCACCGUCGCUGUCAGGUACUCGGUCGUCCGGCACCAGUCGCAACCGAAGCCGGGACAACCGGAGCCACAGAUUAUUGAAUACGUGACUCAACAACAUAAGUUGUUCAUUGCUGUCGCUACGAGUCACGUUUACCGAAUCACUGGGCACUGGCUCUGGGAUACUUACUAUAAGGUCACCAGCGAUUUGGAUAAAGGGAACCUUGAACAGUUGCCUGAACUCCACGCUGUCUCCUGUUGUCUCAAGGCGGUCUGCUCUCGAGACGCCUCAAUCCACAUCGACGAUUGCAGGCUGGCUUGCGGUGGACACGGAUACAUGAAGUCUUCAAGCUUCCCUUUUAUUCAGGCCAUCGUAACGGCUAGUGUGACUUACGAAGGAGAAUACACGGUUAUGAUGCUGCAGACUGCAAGAUAUCUUAUGAAGACUUUAAAGCAAGCAUUGUCUGGUAAAGCGAUAACAUCAACUGUGGCCUAUCUGUUGGACUUUGACAAGAACAGUAAUCGUAAUUGGCAGAAUACUCCCGAAGGCAUCGUUAUAGGGUUCCAGGCAAUCGCAGCAGGAUUAACAAAGGCAGCUUACGAUGAAAUAGAGAAACACGAAAAGACUGGAUUAGAUUACGAAGACUCUUGGAAUCAGGCUUCCGUGCAACUUGUGAGAGCUAGUGAGGCACAUUGCCGGGUGAUUAUCUGCGAGAAAUCUUGGCUUGAAGCGCAGCGACUCACGAAAUCGCUCUCCCCUGCUUUGUCGAAGGUGUUGCUGGAAUUGGUUGAAUUGUACAUUAUUUAUUGGGCGUUGGAGAAAAAGGGAGACUUUCUAGUGUAUACGAAAAUGCAAAAGGAUGACGUUAUGCAACUACAGCAGAGAUAUGAAGAGUUGCUGGCAGUAAUUCGACCUAACGCAGUCGGUUUAGUGGACGGCUUCGACAUCAGAGACGAGAUUCUGAACUCCACACUGGGGGCGUACGACGGGCGCGUGUACGAGCGCCUGAUGGAGGAGGCGCUGAAGAGUCCUCUCAACGCGGAGCCCGUUAACACAUCCUUCCACCAGUACCUCAAACCUUUCAUGACUGCGAAACUGUAAACAUGCUCUUGACUAUUUUCGUAAUAAACUAUACUUUUAUAUUU